CCCACGCUGCACGCCGAUACUCCGGUGCCCCCCACGGUGUCAGGCCCCCCGCCCGGCCUGCGACAGCGCAGUGCUGUGUCCGUGAGCAUCAUCCCCUCAGAGGCUGGGACCACAGGACCUUUGGGUGGAGUGAGGUGCAAGAUCAAGGCUCUGCGGGCCAAGACAAACACCUACAUCAAGACGCCGGUGCGCGGGGAGGAGCCCGUCUUCAUCGUGACUGGCCGCAAGGAGGACGUGGAGAUGGCCAAACGCGAGAUCCUGUCGGCCGCCGAGCACUUCUCCGUGAUCCGCGCCACGCGCAGCAAGGCGGGAGGGCUGCCGGGCGCCGCGCAGGGCCCGCCGCACCUGCCGGGACAGACCACCAUCCAGGUGCGCGUGCCCUACCGCGUGGUGGGGCUGGUGGUGGGGCCCAAGGGCGCCACCAUCAAGCGCAUCCAGCAGCGGACGCACACCUACAUCGUGACGCCGGGGCGGGACAAGGAGCCCGUGUUCGCCGUGACGGGCAUGCCCGAGAACGUGGACCGGGCGCGCGAGGAGAUCGAGGCGCACAUCACGCUGCGCACGGGCGCCUUCACGGACGCGGGCCCCGACAGCGACUUCCAUGCCAACGGCACCGACGUGUGUCUGGACCUGCUCGGGACGGCCGCCGGCCUCUGGGCCAAGGCCCCCAACCCGGGGCGGCGGCCCCCGGCGCCCACGGCUGGUCUCCGCGGCGACGCGGCCCUGGGCGCGCCGGGGGGCCCCGAGGCCUUC